AUGCCAUCAACGAACGUACCUCUUCCUUCUUUCGCAGAGCUUCGCCACUCCUUGAAUGUCCCGCCUCCGGAGCGCCAACACCGUGACAGCGCGCCUGUGCAGCCUAAUGCUAGCACACCUCCCCUCAUCACAUCUCCCCGGCCUAUAUUAAACAUCGAUCCUCAAGGAUAUCAAAUCAUCCAAGGACCACCCACUCCAGAUCAGUACUGGUGGCUGUUCCACGACAACAGGUCGCAGGGCGUCACGAAUGAAAACAGCCCGCGGGGAAACAACUACACGGUCGAUAAACCUUCAGCAGCAAUAGCAACUGAGCCCGAUCUCUGUCUUGGUCCAUCAGGGGGUUUUGCAAAGGAUCUCUAUCAUUCCAAAUCACUAAUCCACGUUUGGCUCAAGGAAAAUCAUUCUGUAUAUCUCCACCCCAUUAUGGGGGACCAACGCUCUGUCAUCCCCGUAGCUUCGACUAUUUCGUUCACCUCGACCGACCCGACCGACAGAGCACUUGGUCUUCCUGGUGUCACGAAAAAAGGGCGCAUACUGCUAUUAUUCCCCUCGAAUAGCAGUAAUGCGUAUAUAACUCACCUGGGCUUGGCUCAGGCAAUUGCGAACGGCUUUCAUGAUGUCCUCAGUCAGAGCCCCCAGCCUCGACCUGUCCACGAAAAAACCCUGAGGUUGGUUGCCCUCUACUCGACAGAUCCCUCGGGCCAGCGGUGGAAUGCGGCGUAUGCAAUUGUAAAAAUGAAGGAUUCCAAAUGA